AUUUUCGAACUUUGACCCGAAGGGUGUCGACGUCACAGAAAAUGGCGGAAUUUUGUGUGAGGAAGUAGCUGUCGUUUGACUUCGGAGAAAACAUGUGAAGUUACACAAAUUGUUGAGGUAUUGCGAGUCUGAGAUGUUUCUACGUUUACUCCAUGAGAUGAUACAACUUCGGAGGGUGUUGUUGUAGCACGUUGUGGCGGAGAAGUUUGGAAUUUUGUUAUUGGAAGGUAUUACAUAGACUGACUGCAGAAUGACAAUCAAACCUCUGGAGAAUGUGAAAAGUUUUGCGGUGAGCCGGCCGCCGCUGGUGGUGUUUAUGGUGUGUGUGAGCGCGCUGGCCAUCGCCUUCAUGUCCCUGGCUUACUACAUCAAGAUGAACCAAAUCACAGAUCCUGAUAUUACACAGGACUGGAACACGUUCUUGUUGAACUUUGGGAAGAUGGAUUUCUGCGUCUCGGACAACGACACGCUCAAGCACUACGAUGAUGACGUGACGCCGACCACCACGGGCCCCUCGUCCAAACCAGAGAAGGAAAUCCUGGAGUCGGAGCCUAUGAAAAACGUGUCUGUCACCAUCAUGCUGACCCUUGACCCCAUGAAGAAUUUUGUGGGGUUCCCCCAUAACGUCACUCACCUACAGGCUACGAUAUCAGGGGAGGAGCUGGGACUACACGGUUCGGAGGCCCUGGAAGAAGUCAAUGUCACUUUCACACUCCCAACGGCCUGGAGCACGCAGGACUGCGCCAAGAAGGGCCAGUGCAGCGAGGCCAAGUUCAAGACUUGUGUCACAUUCAUGGCCUCACCUGCUGUAUUCCCCACUACAAGGAAACCGGAGACUUGCCACGCUGACAGCUUCAACAACAACACAGCCACGUCAGUGUACUACACCACGUGGAUACAGCCCCUGGACCCCCUGACACCCGAGGACCACUGGUGUCCCAGCGGGGUGUUUGUCAAGGCUUACCACGCCUUAAACCCAGAGCUGUCAGUCAUGAUGUCCGCGGGCGAACGGUCGCUGGUGAAUUUGCACCUGCUCCACACGAGCUACUUCCUGUUUGUCAUGGUCAUCACGGUCUUCUGCUACGCUGUCAUCAGGGGAAGGCCCAGCAAACCUAGAGCUGCAAACUCCAUGGAAACAAAGGUUCCAGUUGAAGCGUGAAGACGGCAGGGCUCUUUUGAGUGUUUUUGAAGGCAACCCGGAGGAACAAUGUCCCUCUACUACCACUGUAGAAAACUGGAAGGCAGGCUGACAAAGACCACAAGAGGAUUUUCCAAGAUGAAGAUAUGUAGAGACAAGAGUGCACCCUAAGUAUCCAGGACGUUUUUUGUUGUUUUCUUAAGGUUUACAUAGUUUAGAAAUCGUUAGCUGUACAUGGUCGGCUGUCCUUGGCUGUAUAAAGUUUUUCUUCAGGACCAAUGAAAGGAUAUUACAAAUGUAUUAUGGUUGUUUGCUAUGGGUCAUAGAGUAUUAAGGUGUUCCAUGUUGCUAAAUAUUAUGUUGCCUAUAUCAUUGCUUGUUAAAAUGUUUCAUAAUCCAGCUUCAAUUUUUUUUCAUUUCAUCAUUAUGGUAUUUCAGCUUCAGUAUAUAUUAUGGUGUGGUUUUGUUAUUGGUAUGCAAUUCAUUUUGUAGACAUUGUUGAGACUUUUGUUCGAGAGGUAUUGA